AUGCACUUUCUUAAUCUGCCUGUGGAGGUGAUAGAGGAGGUUUAUAAACAUGCCAGUACAAAGUCUUAUAUUGCAUUAACACAAACGAAUCAUAGCAUGUAUGCGAUUGGACAUGCGACAUAUAUGCUCAAUUGGAUACUAUCACGGAGGGUUUCUGUGGAAUAUGGCGAUGAGGAUGAUACAUUUCCAUGGUCUCUGUUUAGAGAAGGCCUCAAACAGACGUCGCUGUGUCCUCGCUGUGCACUAAAGCGGACGAGAAGAAUAAUGGGUGCUAGUGGCCAGAGUCUUUCGGAGGGGUGUCAGCGGAUACACUUUACACAGGCGCAUGCACAUAUGCACAUACACACACAAACACAAACAAAUACGCAGAAUGAUGACGCAACUGAGACAGAUAUACCUUCACAGUUGAGCUCGAGGAGGGGCAGUGCAGAUAGCGCGUUUUCUUCGCUUAGUAGUGGUGCAUUCAGCGAGACAGAUGAAGGCGGUGAUGAUAGCGCUGCCCUCACAUUGAACACACUUAACACACUCAGCAUGAUAGAGCAAGAUCAAACUGAUAAAUUCAACUGUCUAGCUCACUCUGUCUCACCAGCCGCGGCUUCGAUGCUCGCGUGGCUCAUGUGA